GGCCAGAGGCCGGGGAACGGAGGGGUGCGGGAGCACAAAACUUCGUGGCCAGGAGAGGGAGCAGCACCGCCUGCGCCGUCCUCCAUGAGGGCCGCCCCCUCGUUCCGGACUCCGGCUGCCCUCCACGCGACUCCGCCGUCUGCUGCCGAAGCACCCAACUCCUUCGUCCUUCGUCAUUUAUGGGCCGCCCCGCUCGAAUCCGCCGUCUGUCUGCCGCUGCCGCUCGAAGACGAAGUAAAGCAGGUCUCCGGUGGCACUAGUUUGAUGUUCACAUGCGACACAACUUCGGCUGCGGGGUCUCUGCACACGAAUUUCAGCUCAAUAUUGUGGAUUCCUCAUCUUUCAACUGUCACAAUGAAGGUGGAUCGGGCGGGGCUUUGGCUCUAUCAAGGACUCUGGGACCCUCUGCUUGUUCCUGUUAGAGAAGGCACAGCUCAAGCUUGUACCUGGGGGUGCAUUUGGAGGAGAUAAGGGUGUUCGUAUCUCCUAUGUUGCUGCACUGUCAACGUUACAAGAUGAAAUGGAGAAGAUAAAAGAAGCAACGACUCUGCUCAAGCAACGAGUUGCGGUUUAACAAAGGCACUAUCGACCAAAGACAUUUUCACUAGCAAUGCCUUGUUAUAUUAAAUGGUGGCUACUGAAAAGUAGUUAAACAUGUCAUUGUUGUAUAAAAGAGAAAGACUCUGGGGCUAUGUUUACUUGAUUGAAAUUCUGUAGUUUUCAUUUGGGUUUUGUUGUUGUUUCA